AUGCGGUUCACCAAGCCUGCUUGGGUUGCGCACCGCGACACAGCUGCAAAGAGCGACUCUUUAAAACGACUAUCCAUAUUCUCCGUGCAUGUCCACCCCGACGGCUCUCGAAUCGCCACUGGCGGCCUCGACGCUAAAAUACGAAUAUGGAGCACCAAACCGAUCCUCAAUACUGCUGCCGAAUUAUCCAAUAAACCACCUAAGGCAUUGUCCACAUUGACAAUGCAUACCGGUCCUGUCCUGACCGUACGCUGGGCACACUCAGGGAGGUGGCUUGCCAGCGGUAGUGACGACGAGAUUGUCAUGAUUUGGGAUUUUGACCCGUCUGCGAAGGGAAAGGUGUGGGGCUCGGAUGAAGUCAACGUGGAGGGUUGGAAGCCACUCAAACGGUUACCAGGACACGAGAGCGACGUAACAGACGUUGCGUGGUCUCCUGGAGAUCACUACUUGGCCUCUGUUGGGCUCGAUUCCAAAGUUAUAAUCUGGGACGGCUACACACACGAACGCAUCCGCAAGUUAGAUCAGCACCAGGGCUUCGUGAAAGGUGUUUGUUGGGACCCUGCAGGCGAAUAUCUUGCCACGCAAUCUGACGACAGGUCAGUCAAAAUUUGGCGGACAUCAGACUGGUCAAUCGAAGCGGAAGUGACCAAACCCUUUGAGGACUCUCCUGGAAGCACAUUUUUCAGAAGGCUCAGUUGGUCUCCUGAUGGUGCUCACAUUACUGCAUCCAAUGCCACCAACAACAAAGGUUUCGUGUUCAUCGCGUCUGUGAUUACACGCACUUCUUGGGCGUCGGACAUCUCUCUUGUUGGCCACGAAAAUACCGUCGAAGUUGCGUCGUAUAACCCACACAUGUUCUUGCGAAAUCCGCAGGCACCAGUGCAAACAUCGAAUAUAUGCUCCGUUGUUGCUCUCGGUGCUGACGAUUGCUCCGUUUCAGUUUGGCAAACGAAAUCGGCCCGACCAUUAAUCGUUGCGAAAGAAGUGUUUGAACGUCAGAUCUUGGACUUGAGCUGGUCCUGGGAUGGACUCACUCUUUAUGCCGUCUCUUCAGACGGAACAUUAGCUGCUUUCAACUUCGAUCCAGAUGAGUUGGAGGGCAUCUGCCCGCGCUCUCUCCAAACCGAGUACCUCAAGAAGUUUGGGAACCAUCUCCCAAAUAUUCCAUCCCAUUAUUCUCAUACCGCCCAAACUGCUCGGUUAACGCCACCCCCAUCUCCCAAAUCACAGCCCCACCCUCUACCGAUCCAAAAUGGGUUUGGCAGCGCAACAGACGGCGGAGAACGCGUGAAUGUUCUUGUGGCCAAACGGGGAGGCAAAAAGCGUGUUGGUUUGACAACCAUACCUAUCACCAAACCAGUUGCCCCGCAAAUUCCAUUGUCACAGCCAGCACCGCCACUCUCUCAAUCGCUAUCAUCAAUAUCUCACUCGAAUGGAUAUGCGGGGCCUUCUCUUUCUGGUGUAUCUAUUUCCAAACGGGCGCAACAAGUGCAACAGCAACAGCAAGACAGAGCGCCAAGUGUGUUCGAUAUUGAUGCGGAUACCUGGGCUUCGUCGGAUGUACGCAUAGACUCCCUAGAAGAGGGCGGAAGGAAACGGAGAGCCACGAAUACCAUUGAAAACGACGAAUCCAAGCGCCCACGAACUCUAGGUGGAGACCGGAAGCGAGUUGUGGUCCAAGCGAAAGAGCUCUCGAUAGGCGUCGGACCAAGUAUGGCACAAACAGCCGGCUCAUCUCUCAGCUUGCCGAUACCUACUCCCAUGACGAAAAUCUCGACCACAGUUGAGGGAAGUGACGAAUUAUUUGAGGUUAUCAAUCCAGAAUCUGAAGAAGGUGAACCGUUCUCAUUAGAGUCUUUCACCGAAUUGAAAGCCAUAGACGCUCCCGAGGUUUCCUUGAUGAGCGGCAAGCACACACAAUGGUUGGACUAUUUGCCAUCGCCGGCCCUCGCAGUCUGCGCAGCAUCACGAUUUUGUGCGGUUGCGUUGAUUGAUGGUCAAGUCCUCGUCUACACGCUAAAUGGUCGAAGGUUGAUGCCCAGCAUGGACCUUGGGUCCCCUUGCUCUUUUAUUGAUGGCCGCGGCAGUAUAUUGAUGAUCAUAACAUCCAAUGGCCAGCUCUACUCAUGGUUAGUGUUCUCCGCCCUUUCUGUCUCAGCUGGAGAUAACCUUGGAAUAGGGAUGUCAAAAAACAAUCGGCGCUCUUCCCUCCCCGUCUCCGUUUCUUCGAUUCUCACUUCUCCAAAUUACACCAUUACCUCUGCAAAAGUUCAGCCAACUGGAGCUUCUAUCCUCACCUGCUCCAGUGGCGUGAUAUAUUCAUACGAUCUUUCUCUCUGUGCAUUCGUCAAACUCACUGAGCGAUGGUGGUCCGAGGGCUCAGAUGUCUGGCAGGCUCGCAAGCGCUCCUUGACGAAUCCGACGGCGAAUCGUGGCGUGCUUAGCGUCGCCGAAGGAACCAUAGCCGGAAUGGCUGAUGACGAGGAUAUAGAAGAGACGGCAGAGAAGAUACGACCAAAGUAUUGGACUGAAGCAAUGACAUUAGCGCAUCUCGAGACCAGAAUGCAUUCUGCCCGGUUGUUGGACAGUGGAGCGGAGUUCAAGCAGGCGUUAUCGCUCUAUACAAGAAAACUGGCAGAUGAGGGCUAUAAGAGCAAGGCAGAGGAACUAAUCCGCGAAUUGUUGGGCCCCAUUUAUGCUCGUGGAGAUACAUCAUGGUCUUCUACUGUUGCAGGCUUGUCAAAACGGGAACUCUUGAAGGAUGUGCUAUCGACUUUCGUACGAAGCAAGACUCUGACGCAACUAGCUGUACACUGGCAGGACGUCCUCAGACGUGCCAAUAACGAGGAAUAG